UCGAUCACUAAUGUACUUCCUAUUAUAAGGAAGUCACCCAACUAUGGUGGUCUGAUGUUGUGGACGAGGGGCUAUGAUACAAUAAGUAAUUACAGUGACUUCAUUAAACUCAGUUCUCUUUGCACAGAAGUCCAAAACGCUUCCACAUGCAGGAACCAAGACAGCAUCUUUGAAGAACAUGUCGGCAACAUGUCUGGUAGUUCGAUGAUUUAUGAAAGAGAGUAUCUUGAUCUACCGUGUUGUGAGACCAUAUGCAAGAACAAUUGUUCCUGCGUCGCUUAUGCACCCGUGAAUUCCGAUCGUGGAUGCCAGAUAUGGCUUCAAGGAGCCACAUUCACUGCUGGAGCAAAAGGCCAGUCAAUUUAUGUUGUAGCUGUUAGACACAAAGGAAAUAGGUGGUGGAUAUGGCUAAUCAUCGGGGUGGGAUCAAGCAUAGCAUUGUCUCUGAUCUGUUACUUAUCCUUUUGGAGAAAACACAAAGCAGAAGUGCUCGGGGAUAUAAAGCAAAGGAAGAUAUUACAUGACAUUGGAGGCAGUGCAAUGAUUUACAUGGCGCAAGGCAAAGCCAAAAGGAGUCAGAAACAUCGACGGGCAAGCACUAAUAAUAAUGAGGUCGAAAUAUUCAGUUUUGAGAGCAUUGUAGUUGCCACAAACAACUUCUCAUUUUCAAACAAGAUAGGCGAGGGUGGUUUUGGUCUCGUUUAUAAGGGAACACUAACUGAUGGACAAGAAGUAGCAAUAAAGAGACUUGCUAAGAGUUCUGGACAAGGACUCACUGAAUUUAAAAAUGAAGCUAAACUCAUGGCCAAACUGCAGCAUACGAAUCUUGUGAGGCUUAUAGGGUUCUGCAUCCAAAGAGAUGAAAGAAUAUUGGUCUAUGAAUACAUGUCCAACAAGAGCUUAGACUACUACCUAUUUGAUAAAAUCAAAUGGCAUGUACUAGGUUGGGGAAAACGAUUUAACAUUAUAGAAGGAAUUGCCCAAGGGCUUCUUUAUUUGCACAAGUAUUCAAGACUAAAAGUUGUACACCGUGACUUGAAGGCAGGAAAUAUUUUACUUGAUGAAGAAAUGAAUCCUAAAAUAUCUGAUUUUGGUAUGGCUCGAAUAUUUGGGCCAAAAGGAUAUGAAGAAAGCACAAAUAGAGUAGUUGGCACCUAUGGUUACAUGGCUCCAGAAUAUGCAAUGAAUGGUGUUGUUUCAAUCAAAAUAGAUGUAUUUAGUUUUGGUGUUCUGCUACUUGAGAUUCUUAGUGGCAAGAAGAACAAUAGCAAUAAUGAUUUAUAUGGUUCUCUCAAUCUCAUAGGAUAUGCAUGGCGCCUUUGAAAUGAAGAUAGAGCUUUAGAGUUAAUGGACUCAAAAUUAAGUGAACCAAAUGACCAAAAGAAAGUGCUAAGAGGUAUUCAUAUUGGUCUCUUGUGCGUCCAAGAUCAAGCAAUGGACAGACCUUCCAUGGUGGAUGUAAUUUCUUUUCUAUCAAAUGAUACAGUUCAACUUGCCCAACCAAAGCAGCCAGCAUUUUUUAGCAGUAUGGUUGAGGAACAGUUCAUGUUAUCCAGCAACAAUCAAGAACUUUAUUCCAUAAAUUGUGUAACAAUGUCUAAUAUAGAUGGCAGAUAGCUAGUCCAUUAUGU